AUGCCAAACUUAACUUUUGACGAAUUUUUCGAUUACACUACAUUUCCACUUUUAAAAUUUUCUCCAACUGCUCGACAUUUGCUUAUUCAAACAAGAUGUCCAUCGUGGAAUACUAGUUCUUAUGAAAAUACUUUAUGGCUCUAUGAUAUAAAAAAUCAAACCAAAAAAUUAAUUACAUUAAAUCUUAGUGCAUCAAGCAAACCAAAGUGGUCACCAAGCGGUGACUAUAUUGCAUUAACACUAAAAACUGAUAAUUCAGAAAACAAGACCAAUGAUAAGCAAACAGAACAGCAUAUUUAUUUAUAUUCUCUUAUAUCCGAUGAACUAUUUUCUAUUCAAAUUGGCAAAGAUAUUCUUUCAACUUUUACAUGGUCUGACAAUGAUUCAUCUCUUUACAUAGCGACGAUUGAUUUGUGGUCAAUAGAUAAAGAAAAUGAUUUGUAUAAUGAUGAAUGGAAAGAUGUUAUUCAAUAUCGACAACAUGUAGUACCAAGUAACAGCACAAUCUAUCGUAUUGAUCUCAAUUUCAAUAAUCUCUCAUUGCCUGUAGAAAGACAUGUUGUUCGUAAUGUAUCUUUUCUUAUCAAUGAACUAUUAUAUGUUUCCUAUGAAAAGCAACUCAUCGUCUCAUCCGCAUCGAAACUUAUUGAAGAUCUAAAUGAUUUUGAAUUAUAUUCAAUUGAUCUCCAAAAUACCUUGAAAUUAACAAGAUUGACAAAUAAUGAAGUAGCCGAAAUAGAAUUACAAUUAUCGAUUGAUGGUCAUCAUCUUUUUUUUCUUACAGUCAGUCUUGGUACGAAUAAAGGAAAAUUUAAUAAUACACAGUAUCGUCUCUAUUCAUUAAACUUAAUAAAUGGGCAACUAACACGUUUAGGAGAAACAUUUCAGGGUAAUAUCAAUAGAUACGCAAUUAAGUAUGAUUUUGGUGUUUACAUACUCGGACAAUUAGGAACUGAAGUACACAUUUAUACACAAGAAUUAUCAACCAAUGAUUUAAUUCAUCAUCAUGGAUGGAAUGGAACAUAUGAAUUGAUUGCAUCCUCAAAUGAAAAUGGUCCAAUCGCAUUUGUUUAUUCGUCACUUGAAAAACCUAUGGAAGUUUAUUUCGCUAACAAUAUUAAUCAAUUGAAAUCAGCACGAGCAAUAACCAAUGAAAACGAUUUAUUUAAUCAAAGGAGUUUACCUCAAACAAAAUUAUACAGCUGGAUAAAUGAAGAUGACCAUCGAGUGAUCGAAGGAAUCCUACAUUAUCCACCUGGAAUGUUUGAAUCGAAAAAUCUAUCUCUUUUAGUGCUUAUCCAUGGAGGUCCAUAUUGGGCUAGUCUAAAUAGGCUUGAGCUCGCGUGGCAUGAUUGGGCUUCGUUGGCAGCGUUAGAAGGUUGGCUUGUAUUGGAACCAAACUAUCGUGGAUCAACAGGUUAUGGCGAUGAAUUUCUCAAUGAAAUUCGUUAUAGACCUCUAUCUCGACCAGGAAAAGAUAUUCUUUGUGGAGUUGAUCGAUUGAUCAAAGAUGGUAUUGUUGAUCCACACAGACUUGCAGUCGGUGGUUAUAGUUAUGGUGGUUUCUUGACAAAUUGGUUAAUUACGCAGACUAGACAUUUUAAUGUUGCUCUCUCGGGUGCUGGCGUUGUUGACUAUGCUUCAGCAUGGGGCAUGAUGGAUCUACCUGUACCACUCAGCUACUUAUUAGGAGGAUUUCCAUGGGAAACACCCAAUAUUUAUCAAAAUGAAGCACCUAUUUAUCACUUAGAUAGGAUACGCACACCUACGCAUAUCAUCACUGGUGAAAAGGAUAAUCGAGUACCUACACCUCAAAGUUAUAUAUUAGAGCGAGGACUUCACUAUCUUGGUGUGCCAGUUAAAUUAAUUAUUUUUCCAAAGGAAGGACACUCAAUGAAAGAUAAUCCUUGGCAUGGAAAAAUAAAAGUUCGAGAAGAACUGAAAUGGUUACGAAAAUAUGGUAAUCAAUCAUUGAACGACGAUGGCCUAUCUAGUAACAGUGAACAACCGACGUCUACUUAUGCUUUACAAUUAUAUAUGCUCUUGUUCUCGAUUGUUUCAAUAAAGAACACGUAA